AUGCUUCAGAAAAAGCCGAAAUCGGCAUUAAAACGUUUCGUUACUUAUUCGCUCGGAACUAUAUUUGUUGCUGAAGCUUUAGGUUUUGCAGUAUCAUAUGGUCUAUAUUAUAAAUUGAAUACUGAAAGGGAAUUCCGUUAUUAUAUGCACCAAAACUACAAUUGGGUGUUAGAAGGCUACUACAGACUUGGUGAAGUGAUUGGUGGGAACAAAACCCGCGAAUUAGAUUAUAAAGUUUGGACCAACGAAGGCAAGAUA